UACUCAAGUCAUCGAAAGCCUGUUUGGUUUGGUCCAUUUAUUGUAACAGGUGUUGCUUUUGCGGUUGUCAUUGAUGCUUUUAACGCAUGGCGGGGAAGGAAAAACUAAAUGAGGUCCAAAAGGACGCAAUCCACGAAGAGAUGAUCAAGAAAGAGAAAAGACACGAGAUCCUCCAGACGCGGUUCACCUUCAACCCGCAUCGACGCCCGCAUGUCCUAACAGAGAAACCCAUGUCUAGGAAAACAGAAGAGAUGGCAGAGAACUCAGAAUUCAUGGAGGCCUUUCAAAAGGCCCGCCUCGUACCCACCAUGAAAUAUUCAGCGCCACAGACGUCGGGUCAGGAGAUCGGAUGGUGGGUGUCAACUCCACCGAUCCUACCCAACCCCAAUGGCAAGACGUUCAACUUCCACAGAUGCUGCACAGACAUCACCAAAUAAAAUAAUAAACAAUCUGCGCUGUAUGCAUCAAAAAGUAACAAGCAAUGUAAUGCCAAUGAUUAAAAAGAGAUCCAUUUUUGUUCA